UUUAUGGAACACACACUCUCUCCCUCCUCUAUAAAACAACAGUUUCCAAGUUUCUUUCUCUACCUCCAAAGCUCUUUGUUUCUCAGAUCUGUUUUCAUCAGAUCAUGGAGAAAAGAAGAGUUUGGUUCUAAAGUUAUGGUGAGAAUAUUCCUUCUCUACAGUCUAUUAAACUCUUUUCUUCUCUCUUUAUUACCAAAGAAACUGCGAACUCUCUUCCCUCUCUCUUGGUUCGACAAAACACUCCACAAGAACUCACCACCGUCAGCGUCCAUGUUACCCUCUCCGUCACCGUCACCGUCCUCCGCAUCAACAAGAAAGAUAGACCCGUCCGAGCUAAAACGGGUUUUCCAGACGUUCGACAAGAACGGAGACGGUCGUAUCACUAAACAAGAGCUCAACAACUCACUAGAGAAUCUAGGAAUCUACAUACCAGACAAAGAUCUCACUCAAAUGAUCCACAACAUCGAUAAGAACCACGAUGGAUGCGUUGACAUAGACGAGUUCGAGUCUCUGUACAGAUCCAUUGUUGAUGAGCAUCACAACGAUGGAGAAACCGAAGAAGAGGACAUGAAGGAAGCGUUUAACGUGUUUGACCAGGACGGAGAUGGGUUUAUCACUGUGGAGGAGUUGAAAUCUGUUUUGGCUUCCUUGGGACUCAAACAAGGUAAAACCCUAGAAGGCUGCAAGAAGAUGAUUAUGCAAGUGGACUCUGAUGGUGAUGGAAGAGUUAAUUACAAAGAGUUUCUUCAGAUGAUGAAAGGUGGUGGUUUUAGCAGUAGUGGUUGAUCUUUGUCUAGGAUUUAAUAGAAGUGUGUGUGUGUUUAUUUGAUUGAUUUGCUUGUUUUCUUUUGAUGUGUAAAUAAUUUUUCUGAUGAUAUAUCAAAAACAUCGUAGUCUGGAGCAAGGUGUGUUAUCUUUUAUUUUUCUAGGGAGGUUACGUUAGAUUCACCUUCUCAUUUCACCUGGUUUAGUGUUCUUUAGUAUAUUGUAAACGUUUUUCCUAUCAAGAUAGUAUAGAUCCAUAUUUAACA